GAAAACAAAGUGGCUUCAAGACCAAAACCAACCGUUAUACAAAAGGUCAACAACGUGGUUAAGGUUCAAAUUUAAUUUGUUCGGUGCAAAAAGUGCAUACAAUAAAAAAGAUGUUCUCAAAGAAUGAACAAAUCUCUGCAUUUGCAGUAUAUACAAAGAAACGUAAAAAUUCAGAGACUUCAUUACAGUUACAGAAAUUUCAAAAGAAACGCUCAAAUAUGGGGAAUAAAAAAAUAAAAAGGACAGGCAAUAUAACAAAGAAAAAGAUAUCAAAGUCUAAAUCGAUUAAUAAAAGACAGAAGGAUCCUAAAGAUCUUUCAUCGCCCAGAACUGAUGAUGAUAUUUCACAGACAAAGGACAUCAAUAUGAAAAUGUCGGUGUAUAAUGUAAAGGACAAGAAAAAUACAGAAAAAAAACAGUUAUUAUUUAAUAGCAGUUCCUUUUUCAAUAACGCAGAACCUUCUACCACUAUUACUACUACUGCAAUAAAUUAUGAUACUCCGAUAUUAAACCUACUUAACGAAGAUAAUAAUAAAUCAAAGAAAAAAGUUAAUAAAAAGUCAAAGAAACAGAAUAAUGAUAAAUCAAAUACGACAGAAAAUCAAAGUCCAAAGAUUGCUGAAAUGGAUGAUUUAUUUACGAAAGAUCCCGUAAUACAAACUUAUAUGUUAUUUGAAUGGUUGAUACAUCCUCUAAAUUUGAACAAAUUUUUUAAUGAACAUUGGGAAAAAAAACCUGUAUUUAUAAAACGGACCGAUGCCAAUUACUUCAAAGUUCUUAUGUCAACUCCGAUACUUGACAAAAUAUUAAGAGAUAAUAAUAUAUUAUUUUCAAAGAAUAUUGAUAUUACUUCAUACGAUGAGGGUGUAAGAGAAAAUCAUAAUCCUGAAGGUCGAGCUUUACCUACCAUUGUUUGGGAUUAUUAUAAAAACGGAUGUUCAGUAAGAAUGUUAAAUCCACAAACCUAUUUGCCUAGGAUUCAUAUAUUAAAUGCAACUCUUCAAGAAUUGUUUGGAUGUUUUGUUGGUUCAAAUAGUUACUUGACACCACCUGGUAGUCAAGGAUUUGCACCGCAUUAUGAUGACAUAGAAGCAUUCAUAUUGCAAAUCGAAGGAAAGAAAAGAUGGAGAUUAUAUCAUGUAACAGAUCCAAAAAAUUAUUUACCAAGAUUUCCAUCAAAAGAUUUGAAAGAUUCAGAUUUAGGUGAUCCUUUUUUUGAUGAAGUAUUAGAAGCUGGAGAUAUGUUGUAUCUUCCACGUGGAACAAUUCAUCAAGGAUUAACUAAUAUGGAUUGUCACAGUUUGCAUCUUACUUUGAGUGUUUAUCAAAAAAAUGCUUGGUGUGAUCUCUUUGAGAAAUUGAUUCCAAGCGCAUUUGAAAAAGCAAUUGAGAGUUAUCCUAUUUUACGUGAAGGAUUACCUGUCGAUUUUUGGAGAUACUUUGGUUUAGUACAUCAUGAUAGUACAUCUAAUGAUUUUCGAUCAUCCUUUAAAUUUACUGUAAAUUUGUUAAUGGAUAAAAUUAAAAGUUAUCUUGAUAUCGACAAAGCAGCUGAUGAAAUAUUUAAAAAUCAUAUACAUGAUUUCUUGCCACCAUUCCUUCUAAAGAAUGAAAUGAUUUGUACUUCGAUCUUGGAUGGAGAAAAAAUGAUCGCAGAAGGAGUUGUAGUAAAUCACGCAAAUUUUAAGCCUUCUACAAAGAUACGAUUAAUAAGAUCUCAUUGUGUAAGAUUAGUACAAGAGGAAGAUGAUCAAUUUAGGCUAUAUUAUUCUUGCGAAAAUUCCAAAGAGUAUCACGAAUACAUGCUACAGUAUUUAGACAUCGGUAAACUAUUUGUAUCAGGUAUAAGAGAACUUAUCCUUAGAUAUCCCAAAUUUAUUAAACUUGCAGACCUACCUAUUGAAGAUGAAGAUAAUCAAUAUCAAAUGGCAAAGGAUCUUUGGGAAAGAGGUAUUAUAAUGACAGAAUCACCCCUAGUUUCCGUAUAAUAUACGAAAUGAUAAUUAAGCUUUUUUAGAAUAUCAAUUCUUGUUUAUAUAUACAUACAUAUUUAAGAUGACGUUUAUAUUAUUGUUAGACACCAAUUCCAUGUGUUAUCUCGGAUUUUUAUCAUAAAGACUGAUCGAACUUUUCUAUAUAUUGUCACAUAAGAAAAAUUAUUAAUUAAAAUAUUAUCUAGUUAAUGAAGUUAACAUUAUUAUAAAUGUAUACUAGUUUUUUUUUAAAUAUUAUUAAUUUUAAUUUUUCUUAUAACCAUAUUGAAAAUUAUAUUCAAUCUUACAACAGGUAUAUAAAGAUAAAUGUGAAUUGUUAGCACUAAAAAAUAUUGACAAUUAAUAAUACUGUAUAUGUAUAUGUAUAUAUUAUAUGUGUGUGUAUAUAA